GAUUUGCGAUGCCGGUUUUCGUGCAUACCAUUCCGUUCAGGUGUUCAUAGUAAUGUUUGUGCCUCGGUUUUAUUUGAAUAAAUCGGUUUGCAGCAUGGCCAUCGUAAACCGUUGGUUGUCGGCAUCGGUGCCUUCUACAGCAUUGAAUCUAGAGGUGUCUUAUGAUUACUAGUGAAAAUGAUCAUAUCGAUCAAAAAUUGUUGAGUCAAAGAUCGUUUUGUCAGUGUCUGUGAUUCAAACUAAGUUCCACACGUUUAAUGAAUGGCGUGACGUGAUCUGGAUGCUUUUUCAAGUGUAGAGUAUAUUUUACGAAAGCCGCGGAAAGGCAUUAAACGAGCGAAUGUAGAAUUACCACAUAUAACCGAAUGAGUUAGCGAGCCUCGGUGCGGAACGUGUAGUAGUGGUGCAAGUGAAGCGAGAGUUGCUACAAAAGUAGCCGCAGCGGUCGUCAUUCGGUCAGGUUGUGAGAGAUGCGAAGAUGCCUUUUGUGCAACGUGUAGUGACCCCGAAAUAUGUUGCACGGUCGACCAAGCCGUCACACUCACGUGGCGCCGUUUCACUUCCAGUUCAGGAUUAUGAACUGGAAGCAAUCACUAACCUAACCCUGAGCAAUGCCUUACGACAGCUGGCCUCACUGGUUUUCAUCUCGAACCAAAUCUUUACCGAACUCAACAAGGAACUGGCUAGUGUUAGUGAACGAUCUCUUGGGAUAAAGCAGCGGAUCGACAAUCUAUCCAAGCGAGUGGAGGAAUUUGACCCAAAGCAAGUCACAGUCCCUGAAAGUGACCUCGUAAUAUUCGCUCAAAUAAAAACCCACUACAAAGCGAAACAUCCCAUUGAUACCGGUCUGUUCACUGCGGAAUCACGCUCAGAAACACUACAAGAGCUGUAUGAUGCAGCCGCCAAGACACCGGUUCCGGCAAUGGUUGAAAUCGACCGGCUCGUGGGCCAGAACGGAGCGGAGCGUCGUAGUUCGGAGGCCUUCAUGUGCACACCGGUUCUGGGACGAACCCGACGAAAACAUCGUGCUAAAGUUGACAUGGACAUUGAAACUAGAUUGCCAUCGGCAGUUGAGGAUUUGAGGAAAUGGACCUCGGUUGAGGCCAUUGGCGAUGUAACGGUGCCCCCGGACUGCACCGCGCGUUUGCCGGGUAACAGUUCGACAAUUUUGAGCACUAGUUCGCAGCAUGCUUCACCUUCCUACCAAGCCGGAACCAGUACUUCCUUCGACGAAACCGAUGACAUAAUCGUGGUGGAUAACAGUUCCAGAUGUUUAAGCCGGGAGCAGGACACUCCACUAGAUCACAGGUUACCAUCGCCGGAGGAACAAUGCCAGAUGAUCGCAUUAAAAUUCCCUGCAGAAACCAUCCGAGUAGACACCUCUGGACGAAGGUUCGACCGAAUGUGUACUACCAGAAAGUCGUUGCUGCACUUUGUAUCAGUAUCCGAGCAAGCCGAACCGGGUGCAACCCAACCGGAUGGGACCGAAGGCGAUACAAUACGGCGAAGAUCUAGACCGCGACGAUCGAGAGGAAAACGCCGAAAUACCAUCGCUGGUACGGAUCAGAAGGAAAUUGCCGAAGUGGUGAAUAAUGGGGACGAAGCCACUAUUUCCUCUGCUAUCUCUACUAACAUGGUGCCUCGUAGCAAAUCAAGCGACAUCCUCAAGAAAGAAUCUCCAUCUCCAACAGCAGACAACACAUCCAAACACAUUACUAAAACGUCACAUUUCAACUCCCUCAAGCAGUGGGGCCGCAACCGGUUGCGAAUGAUCAAUCGUGAUUCGAAGGACAGAGUUCAGGACAUUGAUGACUUCAAUAUCACUGAUACGACCAGAACCAGCAAACGUAAGAGCUCCGACAAAGAUGUAAAACUUUCGCAUGAUCGAAAGCCUUCCUAUUCUUCGUCGGAGCGAAGCAUAACUGUCGCUUCAAGCGCCGGAGGAACCGCUAGCAUGCCAGCAUCGAUAAAUCCAGUGAAACUUCGCGAAUCCUCAUCAAUUCGGCGCCAACGCCGCACCGCUCUUGGCAAUAAAGACGAACCACACUCAUCCAGCGGAAACUGGAGUGCUAGUUCUGAAUCGGGAAGGACAUCGAUUGGUAGUGAAAUUACCACCACUACCCAGCCUAAAUCAAGUGCCUCUAGUACAUCACUAAACCACAAUCAUCAUACGAUUUCUAGCGGUCCGCCAAGUUCAAUUAUUAGUCGACGUAGAUUCCUCAAUACAUCAGCCUCCAGUAGUGUUACAAGCGAGGGAACCGUAACUCCUGAUUUGCAGAUGUAUGACUAUCAUGACGAGGGAGGAGAAACUAGUUCAGUGUAUUCGUGCGAUACAGAAGGUUACUAUACCUCUUUCCAUGUGGACUCUGGCUUGAAAACUUUGAAAGAAGAGGAGCCUGCAACACCUUUACACUCCACGACUGCUCUGUCAAGUACAACCUCAUUUGAGAGUUCAGGAAAUCAAACAGUUAUUUCACCAGAGAACGAGUACGAGCUAUUCGGAAAAGGUUCCACAUCAACAACCACCAGCUCGGCGGGAACGAUUUGUACGGUAUUGGCUGAAGGCAAUCGAAAUUCUAUAACAGGACCAACAGUUCCAGAACGAAAAAGCUCCUUGACCAAGCUCAACCGCAGUAAUAGUUCGGCUAGUAAUGGAACACUGGAACGAAGUUAUUCAAGUAGCACCGUCGGAAGCACGUUGGAAAGAACCGGAACAAUCAAACGUAAUGGACAUUUAUUGCAGAAAGAAGUAGCUGCUUUGAUUCAUCAGGAAGAUGAGAGUAAAAAGAGUCGGAUCGAGUCACCUGAUAGUGGUAAUAAUACAAGUUCGUCUCCUAUCGAUUCUAAUACCAACUCAAGUCCAACACAACGAAUAAGAAGCUGUUCUGAGUUUGAAUACUCAGAAUCAUCCGACCUAGAGUGCGUUGAUAGAAUUGAGAGAAUUCGCGAGAAGACGACAAUAAACACAAGCAGAAUACCGUCAAUGUGUAUUAUCACACCCACUAAUAGUGACGAUGAGAAUGGUUCUUUAAAGCGAAAAAAAGAAAAAACUUACGACGCAUCACAAAACGAAUCAGUUGAUUCCAAAAAAGAUUCCAGUAGCUCCAAGAAAAAUAGUCUGUUGCCGUUGAACAGCAUGCUUGGUAAACUGAGGGGAGUAUUGAAAAAAUCUCCUAGCAAAGAUAGCUCCAUUUCGGAGAGUGCCAACAUUGACCCAAUUUACGACGUCACCGGAGAGUACGUUCGUAUCGCGGACAUCAAGAAUAGCAAGAAACAAGGUGGUGUUUACUAUUCAAAUGAUUUGCUGAAACGCAAUUUGGCUACCGUUCUCUCGGGAAAUCUAAACGAAGAAACCGAAUACGUCUCGUUGAAUGAACUGCCCUGUAAUAUACGCUGCGAGAGCAACGUUCUCUCAGCUGAAACUCAAAACACCCCUUGCGGAAACGGAAAACCAAACUCUAGCACAACGAAUGGGGUUGCACAUCAAGGGGAAAUUGUCGAUUGUGCUACGAAACGAGGUGCACGCGUGAAAUUGGAUGCGCACGGUAAGGUUAUCUAUAGCUCGGAUAGUCUAAAGAGGAGAAAAGGUGCGCACACGACCUUCGCGCCGGGUCCAUUUGUGAAAGAUGUAAAUACUACAUCCUCCGCUGAUAUACCAGUGACAAACAUUCCUACGACAAGCAUUGUUACUGAUACAGCAUCAAGACUAGCAUCUACGAAUACUGUCAAAAAUGUGAUUGCAUCCCCUUUGCUAAGUGGUGGCCUGACAAACAGAAAAUCGAUUCUAGUGAAACCAGUGAUAUCUCAAUCUGCGCUAAAAACGAAAGCAAUCAUAAACGCCAGCAGCACUAACAAAAACAUCAACCUGGUAGCCUUGCGUAUGGCUCCGAUAGCCACAACUCUGUCAAGCAUUAGUGCAACCCAGGAAGUGGAGAAGUCUUCUGUACCAUCACACAUCAUGUCGUCUGGUGUCUUGAAAGGUGCUUACGUUAAUAUACAAGAAUCCAAACCACCAACUACUAAACCUCAAUCAAUUCACUAUAUGGAACCAACACCAGUCUUAACACAGCAAUCAGAUUAUCCACAUUCGUCCCCUGAGGAGUAUGACCACGUAUAUGGUUCGCAGCCCCAAACUUAUACUCUGCCAAGGCGCCCGUUGGUGCAGAAAUCGCAAAGUGUUCAAAUUCCACCAGCAAAUGUAAUAUCAGCUCGGCCAAAUUACGGCAAUGCAGUCUACGGUAAAACUGGUACGUUUCAGCGUAGCAACGACAUGUACUGGACUCUGCAAACUCGCCGAAGACCGGUUUGCAUGAUUCCUUCCACUUCUGGAGAGAACGCUAACCUAAUGCAGCAAAACGUUAAGCCUAUAGAAGAACUAUACUCAACGCCGAACAAACUGAAAACUACACCAACUGGAUUCGGAGCAUACUUUUCUCCAAUUUCCAAAAAUAAUACUGCCGAAAACUUGAGUGAUGAAGUUGACUGUAGUCUUAAGAUUUCACCAAUCGAUCCUCGUAACACAGCUCCUUUCAAAACAUCAACGCCAUCAAAAUCGAACGAAACCACAUUAUUAUCAUCGAGACCAAUCCUCUCCGAGGAAUUACGUUACAAACUCAAGCUUCAACAAGUGGGAGUUCGAUCCCAUGGAAGCUCUCCAAUUAGUUCUGGCCGUUCAACACCGAAGAACGUUCUGGAGGCCCAAGCACCCCGCGGCCGACACAGCUGGGCAUCUAAUAGCACCGACAUUCCACAAACCUGCUCAGACCGUCUGGGAACUCCAAAAACCAGUCUUAUGGAUUUCAAGAAACUUCUCCUCGCUCACGGAUCCAAAUCGAACGUUAGUCCUGUUAACAAGUUAUCAGCUGUAGAGUUGCUCAAAAAAACCAAAUGCAACAAUGCAGUGUUAAAGCCUGCAAUGCCUGCUGCUAAAGCAGCAGCUAAUGGCAAUUUGAACAUCCUGGAUCUUUCUGGUUCCCCGAAGACCUUUGCAUCCCGGAGAAUGAUUCGACAAGGAAAUUUUGGAACUAACUCACCAUCAAAAAUUGCAAACGGUUCCAAGUUUUCCGCUCGGGGAGGCUGGCGUUGCAGCAAUAUGCGAAGUGAGGUUAUGUCCACUACUAUACCGGAGGGAAAUAGCGAAGAGGACAAUUCUAGCCCCAACAAUUCGACCUCGGUCAGUCGAUCGCAAUCACAAAGCCGCAAUAUUACGCCAACAGUAACCACCACCGAAGUUAACUUACCAACCAAAACGGUUGUAGAGAAGAGUGCUAAUGAACAUAAAAUUUCCAAUAUCCGGGACAACAUAUUCUUGCAGGAAGAUGAGAAUAAUUUUAUGAAAGGAGAAGUAGCAAUCGUGACUCAGAAAGUAAACUCACCUGCAUUGACUCGGGCGCAGCUACAAGCCCAGAGGGCCCAAUUCUUGAGCAAUAACAAUCAUAUCAGAUCAGCUACGUUCAAAGAUGGACACUAUAUGGGAAUGAGCAGCUUUUCUAGUACGCCAACGAGGAUCAACGAGAUCAAUUUUAACGAACCGGCUUCGAACGAGGUGCAGGAAGCAGAUGCACCAAACUUAGCGGCACCUUCUCUGGAAACUGCUCUAUAAGCGUGUGUCUGGGUCGAAAAUCAUCCCGAGACGGAACAAAAAAAAUUACAAUUGAUAAAGUCAACAUAUAUUUCGUAAUGUUAAACUUGUAUAUUGGAUUGAGAACGUACGGUGAGAAUAAGCUAGUAUUAAACGUCCAACUUUAUUUUCGACUGAAACCUCCUAAUUAAACAUGCCACUUUUUAGAAUACUUUAAAUUCCUAUAAUAAUCAGCAUAUGAGAAACGGUAUAGACUCAUAUCAAUUAACUUUUGGGAAAUAUCUUAAAAGAAAAUCUCACUUCUUAUUCGUACUUGUAAUAGGUGCAGCAUAUUUUUCGCACAUGUAAUAGGUGCAGCAUAUUUUUAAAAAAAUUGACAUCGACGUUUCCUUAUUUCAUCAGCAUCCGAAAUACACACAAUAACAAAUUUAAAUGCCUUUAUACAUAUUGAACGGUUCUUGUUGGUUCAUCAAUUAUUUAUAACUUAUUUAUUAACUAAUUAAAAUUGGAUGCAUAUAAAAACAGUGAAGAGUGAGGUUACAUUACUGGAAAGGGAACACUUUAAUAAAUAUCGCCAAUCUUUUAUUCUUUAUAUAUAAUAUAUUAAAACAAUUAGUACGUUUAGGCUGAUAUAAUAAAGCUAGAUUUCUAGAUGAAAUAUGUUACUAGUAUUGAGCAUACGCGAAUCUGUAGUUUAUGAAGUAAAAGAGGCCAAUGUAUCGUGUUAUUUAUACAAACACAAUCCAUGUUCCAUAUUUCAACUAUCAAUUGACGUCCAAAUAACUUCACACUUUUUUGGAUUUUUAUAAAUAUUAGCUCACAAGUGCGUUAGUUCGGUGCAAAACAUUAAUUUCAAUUAUUUAUCUCAAAAUUGUUUUUCUUCGUUUUAGUUGUAUUUCGAACCAGUUCAAGCUAAUUUAUUUAACGUAUUU